ACACUGAAAAGCCUUUAAUUGUUUCGUACAGAAGAGGUGUUAACUUUAGUGUUAAAUUAAUUAUAAAUAGUGUCCAAGGGAAGACAAAUCGUGCGAGUUAGUUUUAAACCCGUUCACAAUUUAGACAACAGUUUAGAAUGCUAGUGUAAUAAGUGUGGUAACAAAACCUAACAACAUGAAGAUUUUCCAACCAAGCUGGGUGCAUCAUGAUGAGAAAUCUAUUUUCGCCAUCGAUAUCCACCCGAGCGGCGAAAGGUUUGCCACCGGCGGGCAAGGAUGCGACUCCGGACGAGUGGUCAUUUGGAACAUGGCCCCGGUGCUAAGCGAAGAGGCGGAGGCCAACAAAAGCAUCCCUCGCAUCCUGUGCCAAAUGGACAAUCAUUUGGCGUGUGUGAACUGUGUUCGUUGGUCCGGGAACGGCAUCAUGUUGGCAUCGGGAGGUGACGACAAGCUGGUAAUGAUCUGGAAGAAAACCGUCGGAGGCAGCGGCGGAAUCGGGGCAUUUGGAGGAAGCGGAAAAUCGGUCGAACACUGGCGUUGCAUAUCCACUUUGCGUGGCCAUGCUGGAGAUGUGUUGGAUUUAGCGUGGUCCCCUCAGGACCGGUGGAUCGCCAGCUGUAGCGUCGACAAUACGAUAAUCAUUUGGGAUGCGCAGCACUUCCCGAAGAUUGUUCACGUACUGAAAGGACACACCGGUUUAGUGAAGGGUGUCACGUGGGAUCCCGUGGGCAAGUUUAUUGCAUCCCAGAGCGACGAUCGCUCGCUUCGCGUUUGGAAGACUACCGAUUGGAGCUGUUUCAAGACGAUAACCGAACCGUUCGAAGAGUGUGGAGGUACCACGCACAUUCUACGCUUAUCAUGGUCCCCAGAUGGACAGUACCUCGUUUCGGCGCACGCCAUGAACGGUGGUGGUCCAACGGCACAAAUUAUCGAACGUGAUGGUUGGAAGUGUGAUAAAGACUUUGUCGGUCACCGAAAGGCAGUCACGUGUGUGCGGUUCCACAACUCCAUACUAAAACGAUUGGCACCGAAAACGAAAAAAUUGCAGCAGUACUGUUGCCUUGCGGUCGGGGCAAGAGAUCGUAGCCUUUCGAUUUGGCUAACGGCGUUGCAGAGACCGCUGGUCGUAAUACACGAUCUUUUCCAGGAUUCGAUUCUAGAUCUUUCGUGGAGCUGCGAUGGAUAUACACUGCUUGCGUGUAGCGGGGAUGGCAAAAUUGCCUGCCUACAGUUUACUGCUCAAGAAUUAGGUACUCCACUUUCGGAGGAGGACAAAAACAUCCUUUACCAGCGCAUGUACGGUAAAAAUGCCAACUUUGAUUUAACCGUGCAGGCCGAAAAGGAGAUGAUAGUGGAAAAUUCCGAUUUUCUCAACGUUUCGAAAAGCAAUCCCGUGCCACCGACAUUAAUCCCACAGCAACAACAACAGCAGCAGCAGCCGGGAAUACAAAAGGACAACACAAAUCACGUCUACACUGCCAACAAAACCGUUCAGUCCUCAUCUAGUCUAGGCCAAGCUCCCACUCCGAUUCUAAAACAAAUCGAAACAAAAACUGCUGAUGGUAAACGGAGAAUCACGCCAAUGUUUAUCCCGCUAAACGACGACAAUGGGCCUGUUGUUAAUUCUGCCAAUGUUUCCACACCCAUCGAGUUCGGCAGCAAGUCGACGGAAGGGAUGUCCAGUGUCGAGAUGACUAAAAUCGCUAGCGAGGUGCACGAAACUUCCGCGUCGUUGGAUAAUGCUAUGGAUGUCACUGAGAAUACGUCCAAGCUUGACAACCGCUUAAAGAAGUUAGCUACCAUCCCUCCUCAAAAAGCGGAAGCGAUGCCUUCGACGGAACAGGUCGCAGCAUCAUCUACACUGAACCCGCCGACACCGAAUCAAAGGCUGGUGGAACGAACACGCCAGCCCACAUACCCCACCGGAAAGGCUACCGUCAUUCAGGGCAACUUUUUCAAAGCAUUCGGGGAAGUUAGGGUGCAGGUGCAGAACAACAGUGUGAAAACUUCAUACGGAAACCUUUGCCGUGUACUUGGCAUGAGCGUCAACGCGCAGCGGAUAGAAAAGAAAAUCUGGGAAACUGUCAUCGGUUCUCCGGUGGUUUGCUUUGCUGUCGGCGCAAAGUAUGCUAUCGUUUGCAGCCAGGAUCACACCAUACGGGUGCUGGACAUCAAAACGGGUACUCCCAUUUUUCCGGUGGUCAGUCUAACCAGUCCGGCCGUUCAGUGUGCCUUUAGUUCCAACUCCCAACUGGUAGCUGUGGUCACCGAAAGUGGCAUUGUUCGAAUAUGGAAUGUUUCUGAAAAAUCUGUUUUACUAUCGACGAACUGUUCAGAAAUCAUGAGCGGAAGUUACGUUACCAUCUUGCAUGUAUCCGAUCAGGGAAUGCCCUUUAUAGUGCUUUCGAAUGGUUCCUCUUACUGUUACUGCCGGAAGCUGGAUAGCUGGAUGUUGCUCAAUUCUUCCGAUCCAAUCAUACGGCAUGGUUUGAUUGGGAACAAAGCAAAUGCUCCGGUACGAAACAUCAAAGUUUACCCGCUAUCCACAAUUCAAUCCUAUGGAAACUUCUCCGGGCCAAAAACAAACAGUUUUGCAGAGUUACACUCAGCUGCAUGGCAAACUCCUGCAUCAAUUGCGUUCAUCGAAAACCAAAUCAAGAUCUGCGAAAUGAUCAGCUCCCCGACGGAGCUCAAAUACUGGUACUCAAUGUUGGGUUUCCAAUUAGCACUGAACGGAAGCGAAGAAAAGAUCCGCCAGGUGUUGGACGAGCUGCUCGGUGCUUCGCACAGCAUCGAUAAUCGAAUGGGCGAAGAUGAUAAUCCGUCCGUGCUCGGUAUCUCCAAGCAUGUGCUCAUGGAGGACGUACUGAACCAUCUCAAGUCACAGACCAAGUGGCAGCGCAUCUACACGGAGUAUUUGGACCAGCUGAAGUUCUUGAAAGAUCGCGACGGCCGAGAUAAACCCUUGAUGGAAUAGAGAACAAUAAAGCCAACGACGUUAGCUAGUCGUAGAGUCGGUU